CGGCGCUGGACAGAGUAGUACCAAGCAGCGGCAUCAUCGUUUUCGACUUGCCCUCCCCUUGUUCCGGAAGCAAACAAACAAAGCUGGAGCGUUAAAUUACUGCAGUAGAAACACGCCAAGUUUUCAGCGUUGAACGUUGUGUCGCUUGCAAACACCAUCGUUACAUGCGUCCAGCCCUGUACGGACGGGCGCAGCAUAGAAUAGCAUAAAAGAAAACGGAACACGUUGCCGCACACAUUUUCCUCGUCUCUCGUGGUUUCCCACAUUUUCCCUUUUGCGUCGUUAUUCAAUCUAUCACGUGUUUGCUUCGAGUUUUCUUCUAUUGUGAAUGUACAAAUUUGUAGCGUCCAUGAACACUACUCUGCUGUGACGCCGCCGAGCUCUACAGUUAUCGUUGUGUAGUGAAGUAUCCGUAUGAAUGUAGGUAAUGCAGGCCUCGAGAAAUAUAGGUUUACCUCAUGAAUGAAUUAAACAACUGUAUGCCGCUAAAGCGCAAUAAUCAAACCGUGUUGUGAACCGAGUCGCGCAAAUGUGUGUGAUCUAUUCUUAAGGCCUUUUCAAUCAGGCAAAGUGUUACGUGAAAACAGAACAGACCAUUUUCAAUAUGCAAUAAAAGCUGACGGUACCGUUGAUUGCGAAGAAAGAAACAUCUUCGACGAACAUAAGCCCUUGUGCCAGCCCGGUGUAAAAUAAACACAGAAAGAAAAAUCAAAGGAGCUUGGAAAAUAAACAAUACAAAGAGAGAAAAUAUUCAGAUCGUUCCAACCGUCGCCAUUCAUUUUCCUCGCUUGGGGGGAAAAACUGCAACGAAGAAAAGAUUCGGUAUUGCUAUUUGAAUAAAAAUCAGUGCCGCAGCGAGGUAAAACAAAGACGAACUGCACACCGUGUGCUAUAGCUGUGUGUAGCAACGAUACUUUUUAGAGUGAGCAAAACAAAACGAAAGGGAUAUAGACGGGAGAAAUAGCGGUACAUUCAACGAUGAAUCCAGGCCAUUCAGGAACGACGAGGCGACCCUACUCACGCGGAGCCGCCCCAAGGAAUCGCUCUCGUAUGCCGUUCUCGCCUCACCAUUCACAUCAUUCCAAUCGCAACCAUGGCGGCCACAGCCAGUCCUGGUACAACAAGGACAUGGAGAAUAGCUUCAACUAUGGUGAUAAUAACGGGAGUAGUCCUAAAGAAUCCUUCACAUACUCACCAAAAUCCCCACCAAUGCAAUUACAUUCCCCUCCAAUCACCAAUCGUCCAAUCUUAAUGCCUUACGGUGCUACUGAAGAUGGUAGUGUUAAUAAUAGAUCUCAACAAAUUCUUAGAGCUGGACCAAGCCAUAAUGACCGGCGAAAUAACAUGAGUAUGCAGGAUAGAAACCGGCAUACCAAUAGUGCAUCUACUUUGGAUCGUCAUUCGAAUCAUUUCGAAGGACCUUCGAAUUCAUCCAGAGGGUCAGACCUACAUCUGGAUGCAAGGUCUGUCCUGUCGUUGGAUUCGAUGCGAAAUAGUCGUGAGAAUAACAGGGAACGCAUCAGUCCGCCAUAUCAUCAGGGUAACAGUUCGCAUACGAACAACCACCAAACACCAAGUCCGUCGUACAACUCCGACGGAAGCAACGGAAUCAAAUCGGAUAGUCCAUCACGCAAAAGACGUCGUGUUUCAAGAAUGCCUAGUCAAUCUCCACCGGCCAUUUGGGAUCAUCGAAGAUCACCUCGGAACAAUAACAACCAUCACAGCAACCAUCACAGUCAUCCUCCACAGCAGCAGCUGCAGCUACAGCAACCACCCCAUCUGAGUCAACACCAUCAAAACCAACACAACCAUUUGCACUUGCCUCAGCAUCAGCCCGGUCUGGUGCCAUUGCAACAGGGAAGUCCACCGAUCCGUAGACCAAGAUUCCGUGAACAGCCACGUCCUUGGGAGGCAAUGCCACAGGUUUUCCAACAACCGUCACCACCUCAGCCACAGCAUCAGCAUCCCUCACUGAUGGUUGACAUCAAUCAAGUUCCUGUUAGCCUUCCAUUGGGUCACCAUGAGCAACUGUGGACGUACUCAGCUGGACCACACAUCUCGAUUUGCUCAGGUCACCCAGCCGCACCGCACAUACCACCUUGCCAAGUUCAUGGAGUCUAUUCACAACCGUUUGCUCAAACCUGUAACAUUGGAGGACACUUCGGAGCCUUCGCAUCUACACCUGCUGCUCUUGCAGUACCGCAUCCGCAUCCACAUCCACAUCCACAUGCACAUCCACAUCCACAUACACAUCCACAUCCACAUCCACAUCCUCAUCCGCAUCCCCAUCCGCAUCCACAGCCACAUCAGCCUCAUUACCAGCAUCCUCACUUAGCUCAACAGCGACCCGAUGGGCUAUCCCUUGACGGGCUGGAUCAUACUGGUGCUUCUCCGUUGCAUGUGUCUCCACUUGCCGCAGCACAUAUCCAUUCCUCGCCACAAAUGACUCAGAUAUCGCCACCAACUCCAAUCUAUAUUUCAACGGAAGGACGCACGGGCCAAUUCGAGCUGCUGCAUAGAACGGCUCGCCGCGCUAUCACCGCUCCACGCCGGAACUUUACCCGCUUCCAUUGGCCAGCUCCACCGCCACCGUCCCAUCCACAUGCCCAUCCGGCUCAUCGCCAUCCAAGUCUGCAGCAUCAAACGCUAGCUCCACAGCCAACGCAGGUAUCCCUGUCGGCUACACCGUCCGCAUACUCCGGCAUUCUGCUAAAUUUCUUAGCCAUGUUCCCGCUGUCGAUGUAUGAACAGCCGGACCUCAACUCACCCGACUCUAACGAAACGGAGAACUACGAAGCGUUACUUAGCUUAGCAGAACGCCUGGGUGAGGCGAAACCACGUGGUCUCGCACGGCCGGAAAUCGAUCAGCUGCCUAGUUACAAAUUCAACGCGGAAACACAUACAGGGGAUCAAACAUCCUGCGUGGUGUGCAUGUGUGACUUCGAAUCUCGUCAAAUGUUGCGAGUGCUACCGUGUUCGCAUGAAUUCCACGCGAAAUGCGUUGAUAAGUGGCUGCGGUCGAAUCGAACUUGCCCUAUCUGCCGCGGCAACGCAUCGGAAUACUUUGAGAGUAGCGAAGAACAGUAGACACAGUUUGAUCGGUAGCAGCCAGGGUGGAACCGCCAACGCCGUUAGUAAUAUCCGAAGCUUUACCCUCCGUGUUAGAAAGAUUGUAAUCCUUUUAACGACUUCUGUUCCGGUAGAUAACAAUAGAAUGAUGCCGUCGCUUGCGUACUGUGACAUGGAUGCAAAACAUCUAAGUAGUAAGAGAAGGAAAAUAUCAAAUCAAAGCAGCUAAUCUAUCAUUAAAACAGGACAUAAAUGAUAGGCGGCUGAAUUGUGGAACAAAAUAUAACAAUAUUACGUAUACGUUUUCUUCGUUUCGCGUAAAGUUUUUGGCUAUCACACGAGUUAAUCGAAGCAUUUCAGAAAUCUACUGACUAAGAAUGCACCUAAUCAACAAAUUACACGUUAAUGGUCUACUGUGAGAAGCGUUUAUGCACUCGUACAUGGUUUACGACAGUAUGUGUUAGAAGUUUAACAUGCAACGCAAGGUCACUCGCGGGCAUACAAAUAGGAAAUAUUUUAAGGAGCAUUAUGAAUUUGAAAAAUAUUUGGAGAAAAAAAAAAUAACGUCGAAACAUCGUCGUCUAAAGCAUGAUGCACCAGCCUCGAAGACAUUCUCAAGUAGCAAUAAAGCAAUUUUAUACCCUGAGAACCAUAUUUUUAGAGCAAAGAAGUAGUGUUAAGUGGUUCUUACAAGUAAACAUUUAUUCAUCUUUCCUUCCUAGUAAUAGAAAUUCUAAAUUUUUCUAUUUUCGAAGAACGCUACAGAAAAGCAACUACUACAACUAAUCGCAAAAUAUAUCGUGUGAGAAAUGAUACAACGCAUACUGUUAGCUUUAUUUUUGUAACCAUUCAAUGUAUAGUCCAUGUGACAACGUAAGCAAACAAACAAACAAACAAACAAAAAAGUAAACAAACAGAUAUAUCGGUGUGAUUGAAGCGUUAGUAGUCAUUUCACUAUCAACUUUUCUAGCGUGCAUACUACAUACCUACCUACUAGUAGGUUUUCAAACUUUUUCCAACCUUGCUGUGGUAUUCCAAUUGGUGGAAAUUUUCCUCCGCUCAACCGUAUAGACCGAACCCAUGAGGAAAUGAAUGUUUUGGAAACAAUGGGUAUCUGCUGUUGAAGCAAUGAAGGUACAAUUCAUCCAAAGAUCUUGAAAGGUGCUUCAUUGUUGUUCCAGUAGAUUUUAGUAAUUGACAAAGUGCUUUCCGUAUUACUUUUUUCCCCGGUAGAUUUGAGAAUUAAUUGCUUGUUUAUUUUUAUACAGGAUUUUUUUUCACGUGGUAUAGAAUUUUGAACCUUAUGCAAUAAAGGAGCUUAGUGUUUCCUAGGAUUAAAGUUGAGAAGUUUGUUAAUUUUUUAUUUUGUUUUUGUUUGUGUGGUCGAUUUAAUGCAAGUUGCGUUAAAUCUAUUUGAACAUGGCAGUCAGAUUAUUCUUCUAGACAAGCAUAAAUUUUUUAAAAACUAGUGAUUUAAACAAUCUUUUUCGAGUGCACACACUAAAGAUAAAAUUGAAAUUCUGACACUCGCUUCGCUUGCAUUCAGUUAAUAGAUAUAAAUUCUAUACGUUGACAUACUUUUAGCUUCGAAGUGAGGGUUAUUGACCAAUAUGUACGUAUAAGAGGUGUGCUAUUCCCCUAAUGUGAUAAAAUUGCUGAACAUGAAUUAUAUAUGUGUAACCGAAUUUUGUGAUGUUUGAAAACUGACAAAAAAAAAGGAUAACAAGUAGUAAUCGUAGUUUUGAACUAUAUAUCGGUCCAAUACAAUCUCUCCUAGCGUUUCUACUUACAAACACAAGUCUCAUACUAUCGAACCAACGACUGAGCCCUCUUACAUCUAAACUGUCAUGAAAACCUUCUUUAGCUUUGAAAUGUCUCCUCUCGCGUAGUACCACGCACUAUUAUCGAUGGUUAGAUUGGAAGAAUUCCAGCAGUAAUGGAAAAAAAAGUCAAAUCAAUACCAAUAUAUGCAGCUAACAACAACCAGAAACGUUUUCGAAAUUUGAUCCAGGAAACGUGUCUUCCUACUUUGUUUUCGGUCUUCAACGAUUGUACUGUUUAAUUACUAAACUGUGUCAAACUUCGGAAGCGUAUCCACCGGAACUCACUUUUAAUAGCAGUAUCAGAAGAAAACAUAUUACAAAGCAUUGUGUGCCAUUUUUUACUUCGAUAGUUACAGGAAAUUCAUACCAGCUCUGAAAUUUGAACAAACAACGCACUAAUCAAAACAACAAAAGGUUAUAACUUUUUUUUCAGCGAUGUAGCUAUUGAAAUAGAAAAAAAGAAAAAUGGAUGACUUAAACAUAUAUAAAUGUGAAGUUAAUUUGUCUAGAUUUCUUAUAAGUGGUAAUUCUCUGAAGUAAUACAGGAAUAUAGAUUUCUAAUGUCAAAAAAUAUUUGCUUAUUGGGAACUAACGUAACACAAGAUAAACAAAAAAAAUCAGGUUUAAUAAAAUUGCAUAACCUAGAAACGAUUUGGUUUCAUUACAAGUAUACACAACUCAGCAACAGCGCGCGAACCGACAUCGAACGCACUCUGUGAAACGGUCAAAUUCAAACCAGGAUGAAGAAGUGAAUCAUUGUUCCGAAUCCUCGUUACAUAUCAGUAAGUAAAUUCGAUUGAUUUAUUGUUUCCAUUACUGGAUUAAUUUGAAAGGCUUUAACUUUUUGUGAUAAUUAUUAACCGACAAGAAAUUGUCAAAUUUCGAUAGGGAAAUUUUUCGCAUUAAUUGCAUUCCGUGUUUUGUUACACCAUCUUUAACAGUGAAUAAUGGAUUGCAAAAGUUCAUAUUUAGUAGACUUAUGUAGGUACAACUAUUGUUUGCAUAAAAAAAUCUCCAGCUUAGUCUCGUUAGCAGAAUAGUGUAUUGAUAAAAUCUGUUUUAACUAUGUAUUUUGUGAUCAAAAGGCAGAUAAAACUAUGUUACCAUAGAUACAUGUGAUGUAAAAGUUGUGAUAAGUUUGGCAUCUAAUAGGAAAUGAAGAUUGAAAUCCGCUUGUUGGUCUACCGUCAAUUUUUUUAAAGUAAGCUAUUUGACAAAUAAUUUCUCGACCAACAUUAGAAGAUUGAUUUGCUGGUGUAAAAUUUGUUGAGCAUCUAGAAUUGAGAUUUAGAUGUGUCGUCCUACUUGGGUUACUCCGUGGAUGAUCGACGAUAAUUUUACUUGGUUUACGAGUAUACUGAUAGACUAAAUAAAAUAUUCAUUCAUAAAAAAUAAAAUAAAAAUAAAAAAAAUAAAAUCAACUUGCGAUCAGGCAUGCGAUAAAGAAUCCACUUACGAAAUUGCGAUCUAUUUGACAGUUCCCGUAUUUUACUGAUCAUCCAGCAAACAAACAUGUAUGCUUGAUUCACAGUAAAUCUUAAUUUUGCUGGACUCUGUUCAGCAAUUCGUUUUGCUGGAAGGCUGAUUCAAAAUUUGGUGUGUACGGCUACGAAAGCCCUAUAUCUGAGCAUUGUGUAAGCUGUACACCAGCAUUCUAUUGCAAAAAGAGAAAUUAGUGGGCUUGUUGGUGACUUGCUGAUUGUAACAGUCACAAAAAGUGUUGAGCAUUUCCGCACCAACUGACGAAUUGACCAGACUCGACCUCCUCCGAUUUCAAUUAAAGUUUGCUGUUAACUGUUCGAUAUUGGCAAUCAUUCAUCAGCACUAGAACUGACAACUAAAAAGCGGUGAGUGUGUGAAUGAUCGGGUGUUCAUUAUAAGCAGCCAACCCUGAUAACAUUUGUGUGGUUAGUAACGUGCUCAGGUUAUCAUCCAAAGUAUUUGAGGAAUAGCUCCAUCAUUUGGGUUAUCGAUCGUUUAUGGUAUUUCUUUUAUUAGGGAAGUUUCAGUCCAGACCUGGAUUUAAUUGAUUUCUUGGGCAGUCAGUCGUCUAUUACUUCGUUUGUGAUACUCUGUAUCUGUACAUUUGUCGAUGGAAUAAUAGGUCUGUUCCUGUACUUACUUUUUUUUUGCUUUUGAUAUAAGUUACUGUAAGGAAAUAAUAUGGUGUAGAAAGUACAGGAACAUAAUUUUACUUUUUGCUGUACAUAAUCUUACAGAAAAGCAAGCCCGGGAACAAACCUAUUAGACCUUGUAUCGACAUAAUAAGUAGUGCUAGACCAGAGUCGAUGCUUUUAGGCAAGAGGCGAUGUUUUAAACGCCUAUAAGAGUUCCUCAACGUGUGAAGCUACUGUCAAGGAAGGUAUUAAAAGAGUGAAGUAAAUAAAUGUUAUUGAAGAGCCGUUGAAUCUUUAUGUUCAGUAUUGAAAAUAAUUCAAUCGCUUUGCAUAAAAAUAUUAUUACACUUCAUUUAGCAAUAUAGCUAUAUUGAAAAGUGUUUAGGUUGAAAUUGUUUCAGGUCAAGGUUAUUAUCCCCAGAAGCAUUGUUACCGACAUGACAGUUUCCAAUUCUAAAUCAAAAUCAUUCGAUGUUAACGGAGAAAAAUGUGGCAGCCGCUAACACUGUUGAAAAAUCAGUCAGAUACCGUUCUGCAUGUUUGGCAAUGUUUCUCGUUGCAUGCCUCUUAAGAAAGAUGCAUAAAUGUCGUAGCAUUUUAGGGUGACCAGCCAAGUAGAAAAUUACAUUAUUAGGGAGAGGGGAUCCAAUGUUGAUGUUUUAUUAAACGUAAACAAACGUUAAUCUUUUUUUUUUUUCAUGAAGCACCUACUUUGAUCUCCGUCCUCUUUGUAGUGUAUUAUCUACCUGUCUGGUCACCCUAAAAUGCAUCUUCACAUCUCUCGUAGUCACCUUGAAAAAAGGCUUGAAGAUGCAGAUUAAAAAAAUCACGUUGAUGUAUGGAGAGAAGCUUUGAAACGCUUAAAAAUAUUAAAAAGGUUUGUUUGAAAAAAAGAAGCUUUUUAAAAUUUCAAUCCCAUACCUCACCGUUCAAAAUUUUUUUAGAAGUGAAGCAGUGAAAAUGGAGCAGCUAUGUAAUAGUCUAGAUGGCGAAAGCUAUCAGCAGCUAAUUAGUGAAGUAUAUCACUCUAACAAAUAGUUUAUUGGUAUCAAUAGAUACAGAAUUAUCAUUUUCAUAAUGUUUUUUUAAUAUUCUUCCUGGACGAAAUAAUUUAUAUGGGGCAUUCAUUCGUUUCUAUUGAAAUGGGUAAGGUUUACUCAGUUGAAUAAUGGCAUCAAUCCUGAUGAAUGUGGGCGUCUUAGUGGAAUACCUAUAUAAUGAGAGAGAGAAGGAUUAGUAUUUUCCAUUUAAUUCCACUACUUUAUUUGCUUAUCCUUGACAGAUACGCGUAUUUCGUCUACAAUGUGCAGACUUCUUUAGUGUCUUGUACUAAUACUCGACAGUCGAGUAUUAGUACAAGACACUGAAGAAGUCUGCACAUUGUAGACGAAAUACGCGUAUCUGUCAAGGAUAAGCAAAUAAAGUGGUGGAAUUAAAUGGAAAAUACUAAUCCUUCUCUCUCUCAUUAUAAUGUCAUCAUCUGAGUAACCGUUACCCAGUUUCUUCCAUAGGCACGGUUACUCAAAUUUGAGUAAAAGCAUGUUUACCCAUUUUUGGGAAACUUCUCUGCUGGCUGGACUGAGUGAUUUUUGACUCCAAAAUGAGUAACCUCAAAAUACUACUGCAUCAGUUGUUGCCGCAUUUUGCACACCUUUUCUGUGUAAGUUUGCAAAAAUCCGCAUAUCUCCUUUGACAUGCACUAAACAAUGAUAUGAACAAAUGCUUUUCUAAAUAAUUAUGUUAAUUAUUACCAUACCAUCCACUCCCUUGAAAAUUCCAUGUGCCAACAGUAGUCCUCUUCCCAAAAUUGUUUUUGUCUCACUGCAUGCUCAAACAUCGUCUGUUCACUUUAAAGUUGUGCGCCAUUUUGAACAUAGGAAAAGUUGCUAUCAGAAUAAUUUACCCAGAAUCUGAGUCAUGAGCCAGUUUACUCAUUUUUUGACAACUUCAUACAUUAUGCAAAAAUUUAAUGUGGUCUACCCAGUCACUGAGUAGCCUCAAAAUAGCGUGUAGUAAGAUCAAUCAGAAAUAAGGUUUCCAAAUUUCCACAUUUACCUUAAUUCUGCGAUCAGUGCGGCUAGCACAAGCCGUUACUUGUUUCUGAUGUUGUAUGCGUGUGAGUAAGUAUUAAAUGGAAACUGAAACGAUUUUUCUCAUGCUUGAUUACACAUUAACAAGAUUGCAUAUGACUAAAGUUAGGAGAACGGGGCCGAAUAUUUACGGCUUACCAUUCAAAACACAGGUGUUUACACCUUCUUAUCAUCACCGAAAUCCUUCAAUUUCUGAAACGUAACAUGAAUUUGCAAUUUAAUUUCCAGUUAGCACGAUUUGUGGUGAUCUUUCUCAUAAUGUUUGCAGGAAAAUAGUUUUAUUCUUCAAAGGUUGGGUUUGAUUUUGACUCGACCGCGAUUCCACAAGUGAAGUAGAGGAAGUCCAUAAUUUUCCGCUGGUUUAAAAAAGCCACACGUUCAGUAUAUGGUUGAUUUACCAGUCAUAGCCUAUCAUUGUGUGUUCCAAUUAUGAUCUAUGGAACUCCCAUGCACCAUAAUUGGAACACAUCAUAUUAGGAACGUAUGCCAUGACUGGUACAUCUACCCUACUUAAAAUAGCAUUUCUGCACAUAAAAUCCCAGAAUUAGAAAUGGGAAAGUAAUAAAACAACAUGGGGCCAUUUUAUCAUCCCAGGGGUGGAUUAUGGACUGCUUUCCCCUACAUAUCUAUAUUUGACCCUAUCACUCUUGCCGUGUAUCUCGUUAAUUCUUGCAACCAAAUAUUGAGCUGAUGUUGUUCAGACACUGUCAGCGCAAAGCAAUUUCCGAAUAAUGUCAAGUGAAAUAAUUUUAUCUGCCUCUUAUCAUAAAAUGUCUGCUCGUUUAGUCACAAAUCUAAUUCUAUGUUUUACAAGGUGUUUUUUUUUGUUUGUUCUACACUUACCUCUAAUCACAGAAAUAAUACCCAAUAUAAUGUGAGAGUCGUGCUUUCUGGACCAGAUUAGUUAGUACAUAAUCAAAUUUAUUUUAACGAGAUUUUCGAUAAACCCAAGCUUGCAAUGUGAUAUACGCCUCAAAUAUUAGUUAAUUUUAUAACAAAUCUUUCGGUUAUGGUGUGUAGCUUUAGGAAUUCAAAUUUAUUCGUUUUAUCCACCAUUUUCAUUCAGCUAAGUAUUUCCAGUUAUGUCUUUAGUUAAGAAUUGAUUAUCAAUAUGUUCAAAUUGUCCAAGUAACGCAUGGAUGCACAUUUAAGUUCUAAUCAAAUAUCGAGACAUUUUUACUCCUAUAGAAAGCAUAAGCGUGGUCCGACAAAUUUUCCACAACAAAAGCCAUAUCCUCUGCCGAUUAUGUUCAUAAUUACCACUUGAUCUCGUUUCGUUACAAAAAAAAUCAUAAUUCCUACGCUAGACGUUUCUUUCAGGCGAAAACAUGUCGUUAACUUUCUGUUCGAGAUAGUUGUUAUUUGAUUGUUUUAAAUCUGGUAACUUUGCGCUGAACGUUCUUGGCAAUGGUUUCUAACUGUGUAUUAUAGAUUUAGUUUUAUGAGGGCAAUUUACCGAAGCUUAUGUUGGAUUUUAUAUUUUGCUAACAAGUUUACCAUAGGCACAAUAGACUUAUAUAUUGGAAAACUUGCACAACCGUGUCUUUACAAACUAAACUAAAACCAUAGUAUGUUAGGUUUCCGCUAUCCCAUACAUUCCACCGCAGUUGAAAUUUGACUACGGCUUUUCAAACUAAAAUGCUUCACCUAUUGCUGUCAAAAUGUAAACAAAUUUUAGUGUAAUGGUUUCUAAUUACUUCAUGCAUUUCACUCCUGAAUGUGAUACCAAAAUAAAUUAAAAAAUUCAAUACAUAGUAGACUAUAUAACGAACCCGUCACUCAGAAUGUGUACUUUCGCAAUAGAUGAGAGCUUGUUAAAACUUAUCCUCGAAGAGAGAAGCAGUAAAGUAUAUUUUUAAUAUUGUGAGUAGUUGGUUUGCCUUGUUUAUAUUGAUACACGUUUUACUGUAAUCACCAUGAAAACUACUGUUUGCCAUUGAUACAGAUAGGAAAACUUCAGUGUUGUUGCCACUGUACAUACAAUCCUAAGUGUUUUAGCCCGAUAGAAUUUUCAUAUAAAUGAUAAUAUACAAAAAAUAACAAAACAACAAUAACAGCGCUAAUGUAAGCUAAAAAGAAGAAAAAAAAAAGACAAA